AUGUCGUAUGUCACGGAGAAGCUUCUCCUUGUCCCUGAUCGUCUUCGCUGUUACCUGAAUGCCUUCUCCAACAUCUCGGCAGAGACCAUGGUAGUCAGUACCGUCGGUCAGUACCGUCGGUCAGCACCGUCGGUCAGCACCGUCGGUCAGCACCGUCGGUCAGCACCGUCGGUCAGCACCGUCGGUCAGCACCGUCGGUCAGCACCGUCGGUCAGCACCGUCGGUCAGCACCGUCGGUCAGCACCGUCGGUCAGCACCGUCGAUCAGCACCGUCGGUCAGCACCGUCGGUCAGCACCGUCGGUCAGCACCGUCGGUCAGCACCGUCGGUCAGCACCGUCGGUCAGCACCGUCGGUCAGCACCGUCGGUCAGCACCGUCGGUCAGCACCGCCGGUCAGCACCGUCGGUCAGCACCGUCGGUCAGCACCGUCGGUCAGCACCGUCGGUCAGUACCGUCGGUCAGCACCGUCGGUCAGCAACGUCGGUCAGCACCGUCGGUCAGCACCGUCGGUCAGCACCGUCGGUCAGCAUCGUCGGUCAGUGUCGCGCAAUGUUAACGAACGAGCUGAUUGUUUAG